AAAAUGGAAGAAUAAUGAAAAAACAAAUCUGUUUCCUUUCAUUUGCGGUAUAAGGUACGUAUUUUCAUACGAUGCUAACCUGGCUUCUCCCAGCAAAGAGCUUGUUCCGCGCUAGGUCUAGCAAGCCAUGCCGGUCAAACGACCUCCCAGAAAUACCAAAAGAUACUCUAGGGUUGCGAAUCCUCACACCACAAACUUUUGAGGCAGACGUUGAUAUUGUUGCAGUCCAUGGAUUAGGAGGAGAUGCAUUCAAGACAUGGUCUUCCGAGAAUGGUCAGAUGUGGCUACGGGACUUUCUUCCAAAACAGCUCAAAGGCCCUCCUGUGGAUUUCGCCAACGGACCUAACGACUCUAAGACCGCUCGAGUCAUGACCUUUGAAUAUAAUGCCAAUAUCUUCACAAGCGCGCCCUCGGCGCGAUCCUUCGAAUUUGCGGAAGAGUUUCUAUCGGCACUCAAGGAUAAAAGACGGAAUGAAAACGCAAGACACAGGCCAUUGAUAUUGAUAGGCCACAGUCUAGGUGGUAUCGUAAUCAAGAAGGCUCUACAUAUCGCCCAUGCAAGGCAGAAGCAGUGGGGCGACCUACUAUAUAGUGUCAUACAUUUGUGUUUCUUUGGAACACCCCACCAAGGCGCACGCUCACUGCCGGGGUUCCUUCUUAGAUUCGGUGAAGCGAUCACCACGACUGAAAAUGGCGACAUCUUAAAAGAGUUGAAACUUUGGUCAUCACCUCUAAUCGAGAUAGAUGCUUUAUUCGUAGAGAUUUCUGAAGGGUUCACGAUUACUACGUUCUAUGAGGGGAGGAAUUAUAAUGGUAUAAAGGUUGUCGAGGAGGGUUCUACGCGACUAAAUAAAUCCAAGGAGACGGUAAUUCGUCUAGAUGGGGACCAUAAAACGAUGUGCCAAUUCCCCAGCUCCGAAGAUCCUUCGUAUUUGAAAGUGUUUUCUCGAUUACAUGCAGAAAUAUCUGCAAUUGGGACAGCAGAACAAGUCCAGGACCAUGAGCAACGGCUGAAGCUGCUUCUCGAGGUGGAUAAGAUACAACCGGACGAUAGAGAGCGCGAUAAGAUUCUGGCUUGGUUAGAUUAUCCUAAGAUAUCGAGCCGACCACCGAGAGACGUCCACGGUGAGCCCGGAACCAAUCUCUGGUUCCUAGAAGGUAAGCUCCUGCGAUCGUGGAACAAUGGAAAGAACAAGUUCAUUCUAUUGCAUGGUAUGGUUGGUUGUGGAAAGACUACUCUGCUAAGAGCGAUUGAGGAUCAAUGUCGUGAUGAUCCGUCCAGCAGUAAUCUCGUUAUCGCGUUCUUCUUUUCAUCCACCACAAAUACAGGACUUAAUCUCAACGCAUUUCUUCGUGCUGUCGCCACUCAGCUUUCUAUCGCCGACCCAAUAUCAGAUCAUUUGCGGAAGCUCUUUCAGAAGAACAAUGAGGGGAUUAUCCCCCCAACAAACGGCCAGUUGGCGGGAGUAAUUGAGAAGAUCAUCUCAGAACGCCCCUUACAACACGUGAAAAUUCUGAUAGACGGGAUUGAUGAGGCCCAGCGUGGCCCGUCGCGCCUAGAUCUAUUACAACACCUAAGCGAUAUCAGCACAUGGGGCCUGGAGAAUUUGCAUGUGCUUGCGACUUCACGCAGUGAGGAUGAUAUCUUACUCGCCCUUGAUCUCCAUUGGAAAGUAUUGCCAAUUCCGUCGGACAGAGUGAGGGGUGACAUAGAAAUAUACAUCAAAAAUGAGUUAAGAAGACGUACUAGGCUGAAGGAACUUGACGAAAAUGUACAAAAACAGGUUAUUUCCGCCUUAGCGGGACCCGACCAGUCGAUGUUCCGAUGGACUGCUCUGCAGCUUGAGAGAUUGUUGAAAUCGGGUGCAUUGUUCCAGAAAAAUAUCACUCACAUUCUUCGUACCUUGCCGUCAACGCUCAACGAAACAUACGAUGUUAUUCUUAAUGGAAUUGGAGAAGAGCCGGAGAAGAAGGUCGCAGCUAUAGCUCUACGUUGGCUUACUUCAGCUCAUCACCCGCUGUUGAUUGAAGAGCUUAUCGAAGCCUGUAAGAUCUCUUUCGACCAAAACUAUUGUAUCGACAUUGAGCAGGCUCUAGAUGCUCGCGACAUACUCGGUCUACUGCCAGGCCUUAUUAUACUAGAGCCGGACGUACGUCCCAAACAUCCAAACGAUUUUCGGCGAGGCAAGCACCAUGCUCUGCUGGCACACUUUUCUGUGAGAGAAUAUUUGCUCCGUAAUGAAAAUGCAUGGGAAAUUUUAGGUAAAUCCCGACUUAGUCCAGUGGAGUUACACCGAUGGCUCUCAAGGAGUUGUAUCGCCUACUUAUGCGAAACUAACACCUUAACAAAGCGGGCUCUAUACUACCUACUUAGAUCGUAUGCUUGGGACUCGUGGGCUCUACAUGCAGUCGCCGAGAAUGAUGUGCCAAAUAGUAAAGAUGAAUUGCGUGCGUCGGAGCUUUUUGAAAGAGUCAUACGCCAUCAUAAUGAUCCGGGAAGGAUUUUUAGUAUUCGGGACUUAUCGUCACUAGAGUUGCGUCUUCCCAUUCCAUUGGAGACUUUAUUGAGCGGUUUGGCAGUCUCAUGGACAAUCCACGAUAUUAUGAGCUCAUUGCAAAACCCCUACUUCUCUGAGGAGUAUCCCGAGUCGCGGGCUAAGGAAGACCUUGAGCCAAUAUGGCAUACCCCGUUAUCUCCUGGAAAGAAAGAAAUUCGUCUACUUCGAUUAUAUCCUAGCCGGUACGAUUUUGCCAUGAUCAGAUGCGCCCUAGAGACGGUCUCAUUAGGCUCGCGCUCGCCACCGAAAUAUGAAGCAAUGUCGUACAGUUGGGGAAUGUCAUAUACUUGGGGGGAGCGGAAUAUGUUGCAAUCCCAUAUUUGGUUAUCUGGUAGGCCCUACCAGAUACAACCAACUCUGGCCAGCAAUCUACGCGCUAUCAGGAGAGGAAAGAUUGAAUGUUGCAUAUUGUGGGUGGAUAGUACCUGUAUCAACCACAAUGAUCCACAAGAGGUAGAAUAUCAGGUUAAAUUCGUGCCCUCGAUAUUUUCCCGAGCAUCUCGAGCCACGAUCUGUUUUGAUAGAGCCGAUAAGGAGGAUUAUUGGGCCUUAGACGUUUUGUUGAGCGUUGGCGCGGUGCUAGCAAAUGACUCGGAAGCGAAUAUCAGCGCGCUUCGGAACGUCCUAGAUAUCAGUGACGACCAUGAUCCAUUCAGGAGCAUCAGCAUGCUGUUCGAUCCGUCCAAGCAUGAAUGGUGGUUGGACAUGUGGGUGGUGAAGGAAUACGUUUCGGCUCGAGCCAUUGCACUCCAGUACGGAAGUCGCACUUUACCGUAUGAAAUCAUGGAUAAAUUAUCUACAAGUCUCGAAGCCAUCGCCAAUUGCAUCGAGAACGCCAUGCCCCUUUCUACUGGAUCGAAAUGCAACCGAUCGCAUCUGCUCCACUCGUAUGGAUUGACCUUGGCCAAGAACCUAUUCCAUCUGCGCACCCUGCAUUUUGACAAUAAUGCCAGGGCCGCCACAGCUCUUUUUCUAGCUCGAUUUUUUAAGAUGUAUUUCCCGACGCAUCGAUUUUGCUCGCUACAAGGUAUCAUGUCCCCGUCACAUUUUUCUCUAAAUGACGACGAAAGUGAUUACCCAUGUAGGUAUAGUGAAGUUGACCGCCCCCGGAGGUACAAUGAAUCCAUUCAAGAGCUUUGCGCUAGAUUCUGCGUUGGCGUCAUCAAUUCAGAAAGGAACCUUGGUAUUUUUUCUAUUUUGAGACGGAAGGGGGACAAUGAUGCCUGUCCGUCCUGGGCGAGCCAGUUUUCCCAAGAUCCUGACAAUGUGUAUCCGCUACCGCUCCUGAUUGACGAAUUGAUGGGCGAUAUAAAACACACGUUCAAUGCAGGAUGCGCUGAUUGGGCACCUCCUCAAUUCGAACGGCCGGACAAGCUGCAUUUGCAAGGCUUCAUCGUAGAUACAUUGACCGAACCUCGAGACUUGCCUGUCGGAUAUGCGCAGAAAUAUAACCUUCAACGUUUUGCAGAGCUUCGCCGAUGGUGUAAGACGAAAGAAAGAGGCUUCGAGGGAUUAGUACCGCUUGAAGCAGAGAAGGGGGAUCGCGUAGUAGUGCUCUUCGGAGGGAAGACACCGUAUAUUCUACGACCGCGUCAAAACCGGAAUAAUUACCACCUCAUUGAUGAAUGGUAGGCUCUUUUAAGACCAUCGAACUACUCAUUGCGAAGCUAACUAAGUUUCAUAGUUUCGUACC